AUCUUCACAUAUCUGUUUCCAAAUUGCUCCUCUUAUUAUCCUCCUGUUUUUUUAUGCCUCAUCUAGUCCAGUCUCAUACUGUAUCCUUGAGAGAGAUACUACCAACUUCUAUGUUUUAGAAAUUGAAACACAUUUUUGCAGGGUUGUUUUCCUAGGUACAGGAAUUUGGUUCUUUUGGUCCAUUGUCUUGCUGAGUUUCCUUGGGAUCCUGGCUGCCUACACAGCAUUGCUACUGGUACUUGGAUUUUUGUUGUGUUGGGAAAAAAAUCAACUGUACCUGCACUGGUAUCAUAAGAUCCUGAUUCUGAUAGUGAUGCUGUUUUGCUCAUUUUUUCUCUGGAUUUUAUUAACUUACUGGAAAGACAGGUGGUUCACCAUCGGGCUGUCACUGCAGGUCUUUGCUCCCUACAUACACCUGGGCAGCAUAUCUGUGAUGGUUUUGCUUUCGUGGCCUGUGGCCUUCUACUUGAUUCAUUUGGAAGGAGAAGCUAGAAUGAGAAGAUUCCAGAUUACAAAUAUUGAAAGAGAAAGAAACAAGAGGUGUAACAUGCGCACAAAAUUGAGAGCUUUACAAGUGGCUAUUGGGUUGCCCUUUGUUCUUAUACUUUUGUGUCUCUAUGUGGUGCCAUUGGGGAUUUAUUCUCCCUGCGUUCAAGAGAAGGAUAAAUUAGGACCCAAGCCAUACUUCUUCGGACAUAGAGGUGCGGCCAUGCUGGGGCCUGAGAAUACCAUGAUGUCCUUUGAGAAAGCUGUUGAAAAUGGGGCCCAUGGACUGGAGAGUGAUGUACAAAUAAGCUUGGAUAAGGUGGCUUUUCUCAUGCAUGAUUAUGACUUGAGAAGAACAACCAAUAUCUUGGACAUCAUGCCAAAUGCCUCCCACACACACAGUAGCUUUUUUUAUUGGGAUUUCCUGUCAACUCUGAAUGCAGGCAAAUGGUUUUCAGAUUCAUGGGUAAGACACAUUUCCUGGGUCCAAAACCCUGCAUUUACUCUCUCUU